AUGGCUGAUUCGAGACGCUCGAUUCCUAAAACACCAGUUGAAGUCCGUAUCGGAGACUACAUAAUCGGUGAAACUCUUGGAUCGGGCACUUUUGGGAAGGUGAAAGUUGGGAUACACAAGUCAACCGGCGUUCAGGUCGCUGUUAAAAUUGUCAAUCGGGAUAAAAUCAAGGCUCUCGAUGUUGCCGGCAAGCUUCGUCGAGAAAUCCAAAAUCUCUGGCUAUUUCGCCACCCCCAUAUCAUUAAACUUUAUCAAGUUAUCAGUACCCCAACUGAUAUCUUUAUGAUUAUGGAGUAUGUCAGCGGUGGAGAACUGUUCGAUUUUAUUGUCAAAUCUGGUAAAAUAAGCGAAAAGGACGCGAGAAAGUUCUUCCAGCAGAUAAUUUCCGGCGUGGAUUAUUGCCACCGCCACAAAGUCGUUCAUCGUGAUCUUAAACCUGAAAACUUGCUCCUUGAUGCCAACCAUAAUGUGAAAAUAGCAGACUUUGGUUUGUCAAAUAUUAUGCAGGACGGAGAGUUUCUUCGGACAUCUUGUGGAUCACCCAAUUAUGCUGCACCAGAGGUAAUUUCUGGAAAACUCUAUGCUGGUCCUGAAGUUGAUGUCUGGUCCUGUGGUGUCAUUCUCUACGCUCUUCUUUGUGGGACUCUGCCCUUUGACGAAGAACAUAUUCCUACUCUCUUCAAGAAAAUCAAAGCUGGAUAUUUCCAUAUGCCAGAAUGGCUUGGUGCAAGCGUUCGCGAUCUCCUGAAAAAAAUGCUCACCGUAGAUCCCAUUAAACGAAUCAGCAUUGACGACAUUCGUAGACACCCAUGGUUUGUUAUUGAUCUUCCGUCACAUCUCUUCCCACAAGAACGUGAUGAGGAUGCCUCUAUUAUUGACAAGGAGGCUGUCUACGAAGUGUGUCAGGCGUGCAAUGUGACUGAACGGGAAGUGUUCGCAGCCCUCAUUGCCAAUGAUCCCAGUGACCAACUCUGUGUAGCCUACCACCUGAUCAUUGAUAACAAGUAA